CGGAUUACCAGCACCAAACUCGCUCGAUACAAAACGUUCACUUCAGACAGAAAAACUUUUCAUUUUUUGCUUCACUUCUACUCAAAGCAAAAUCCUUACUCUACCCCUAAUUUCAAUUCAAAUUCUGCUCAAUUCUCAAUUACAUCUUUUCAAUAGUCAGCUCCAAUUCAACCUAAGUAAGUAAAUUUCAAGUCUUUUUUCUCUUUCACCUCCAAUUCAAUCCUAAGUAAGCAACGUUUCUUUCAUUUUUUUUACUGUGUUGAUUCAUGAAAAAUGAGAAGUACCCAUUAAUGAUUACGGUGUUUAUAGAGUUGGGUUUUGGCUAAAUUCGAUUUAUAAGUUGAUUUCAAGAUCUGGGUAGGUUUUAGAAUUUGAGAAAUAAUGACAGAGACAAAUUCAAGUACUGAGCCUAUAGGCCAAAACUUGAUAAAGCUUAUAAGCAAUUUGUGUUUUUCUGUGUUUGUAUUCACUGUUUUGAUAUUCACUGUCAUUGCAAUUACCUAUCAACCUCCAGAUCCAUGGCUUGAAUCAGCUCCUGCCCUUACUAAACUCUUUACUGAAACUGAAAAUGCCACUUUUAAAAAUGAUGACUCUAUUCUUAAAACUGGUGAGGAUUUGCAGAGUGUGUCUGCCCCUGCUGUGCCACCUGCUUUGUCUGUUCAACCAAUCACUGAAGAUGUGAUUCAGAAAUCUGAGCAGAUGAUUGAGAAAUCUGAACAGAUGAUUGAGAAAUCUAAGGAGGAGGAUUCCAACUUGGAAACUCUGAAAUCGACUGGUUGUGAGGAUUUACAGGUUGUGAAUUGUUCAAACCCGAGGGUUUUGACUACUGUGGAGAGGUUUAAUUUGAAGUUGUUCAAGUCGAUUGCUUUCUUUGAGUAUCAAGCGCCUGUGAAUGGGUCGAAGCCAGAUGAGUGUGAUGUGGCGUGGAGGUUUAGAAAUAAGAAGGAGAAGUCGUGGAGAAAGUAUAGGGAUUUUCGGAGGUUUAAGUUUGGAAUUGGGGAGAAUUGUACUUACAAAAUUGUACAUGCCGGGGGUUGGCAUUCUGGGGUAAAUGCGCGGAGGCAAAGGAUUAGACUGAAUACUACUAGGACCAGUGGGAGUAAUCCGAAGAUUGCACAACCACUCCGUGAUGAGGAGAUAAAUGACACAAUCCCUAGUUUGGGAUCGCAAAUGAACUUUAGGAAAGGGCGAUACUUAUACUACUCAAGAGGAGGGGAUUAUUGUAAGGGAAUGAAUCAUUACAUGUGGAGUUUCUUGUGUGGAUUAGGAGAGGCUAUGUAUUUGAACAGGACAUUUGUGAUGGAUUUGAGUAUUUGCUUGGAAGGUAGUUAUAAUCCGAGUGGUAAAGAUGAGGAAGGAAAGGAUUUCCGAUAUUAUUUUGAUUUUGAGCAUCUUAAAGAGGUAGCAUCAAUCGUGGAGGAGAGUGAAUUUGUAAGGGAUUGGAAGAAAUGGGAUCGUGCCCAUAAGAAAAAAUUGCCAGUAAAGAAGGUAGUGACCCAUAAGGUGACGCCGAUACAAUUGAAGAAAGAUAAGAGCACAAUCAUAUGGAGGCAGUUUGAUGCUCCGGAGCCGGAAAAUUAUUGGUACAGUGUGUGUGAAGGACAAGCUGCAAAGUACAUUCAGAGGCCAUGGCAUGCACUUUGGAAAUCAAAGAGAUUGAUGAAUAUAGUUACUGAAAUAAGUGGGCAAAUGGAUUGGGAUUUUGAUGCAGUUCACGUUGUUCGAGGAGAGAAAGCGAAAAACAAGGAGCUUUGGCCUCAUUUGGACGCUGAUACAUCACCUGAUGCACUUGUUGCAAAGCUUCAAGCGAUGAUUCAGCCUUGGCGGAAUCUGUAUGUUGCAACUAAUGAGCCAUUCUACAAUUACUUUGAUAAAUUGAGAUCCCACUUCAAGGUUCAUUUGCUUGAUGAUUAUAAGGAAUUAUGGGGAAAUACGAGCGAUUGGUACAAUGAGACAAUGCUUCUUAACGAUGGACGGCCAGUUGAGUUCGAUGGAUAUAUGAGAGUUGCAGUGGAUACUGAGGUUCUUUACAGGGCAAAGACACGCGUGGAAACAUUCUAUAAUUUGACCAGUGACUGCAAGGAUGGGAUUAAUACUUGCUAACCAGGUCGAGUGCCCGCUUCUUACUUUUUGAUAAAUUUAUCAGCAUCACAUGUUAUUGUUAUUCAGUUACAAAUUGCAUUUAUACUGUUUAUCUCAUUUUUGGCUUGCUUGUGCAUUUGCUUGUUCUUUUAUUUUAUUAUUGAUUAUCAAUUCGAAUCACAUUUGUAAUAUAAAUUUGCACUUUGUUCUAUGUUAUUAACGAUUUUCAUGUAGUGAACAAAUGUGCUCACAUUUUGUGUA